GUCGGGGGUCAAACAGCGCGGCUGCAGGGUGGCAGCUGCCUGCCGGCCCCUCUUCUCGGCCCCUUGACCCUCGGACGCUCAGAGCCAUGGCGCUGCCGCUGCUGCCGGGCCACAGCUUCAACCGCAACAUGGGAAAAGAGAAAUUCCACAAAUCUCAACAUUGGGGCUUUUGCAACAAUGUUAGGAUGCUGGUGAGUGAAGAUAAACCAGGAAUAGGUGGAGAACUGCUUCUCGGACAAAAGAUAAAGCCAAAACAUGGUGUAUUUCCUAAAGGAAUGGGAACUGAUUCACCAUCCUGGGUGGCUUUUGAUAAACAGGGAAUUUUUAUCCGGCGUCAUCGGAUUUCUCUGCCGCCUCCUGAUGAGGAUCAGUUUUAUACUGUGCAUCGUUUUAAUAUCAACAUAGACAUUGUCUUUUAUGGUCGGACAUUCAAGAUUUAUGACUGUGAUACAUUCACAAAAAACUUUUUGAAGAAAAUAGGAGUCAAAUUAAACCCCCCGGGACAGUGUCCAGAAGAUCCUUACCUGAAGACACGGAGAGAGAAGCUAGACUGCAUGGAGCCCUUACGUCCCUAUCAGUCCUUCGACGCUCUGAAACAGUUCCUUGAGUAUGAUAGGAAGGUUUUGCGUUUCUUCUGCCUGUGGGACGACUCAGGCUCAGUGUUUGGGGACCAUAGAGAACUCAUCCUGCAUUACUUUCUGUCUGAUGAUACCAUCGAAAUCAAAGGAGUAUUGCCACAUAACUCAGGAAGAGAUGCUACGUCAUUGUUCCUCCAGAGGAGAAAGGUACCUAAGUAUGGCCCCCCUGGAGUCUAUCAACCAGGCCAGAUAACAGACCGGACAGUUCUCAAUGUAGAUGGUGGCUUGUCAGAGAACCGAGUGUAUGGCUGCCUGUUGGAUAAAUACAAGCUAGGAAAAGUAGACCAAGAGUUUUACAAAGAUAGUGACCUGUCCAUAGGAACCGCCAUCAAUGUGUGGGGAAGGAAAGUGCUCCUUUGUGACUGUGAUGAAUUCAUGAAGACUUAUUGUAAGACUAAAUAUGGAAUUGAGAACUUUACCUCGAUUUCAUGCAAGGCCCCACCUCCUCCAAAUAUAGAAAGGAAAUUUCCACGUUACACCGGCUUUGGUUCUGAAGAGGAUUCUCUCUGCUCCUGCAGAGGCCUCGUGCCCACACCUCAUCAGAGGAACGUCAUGGAAAAUGACAGCUACAGCAACAUAAGCAAUACACUCCGGUUUUUUGCAAAACUAAUCACACACAAAUGUGCCGAUGUGGAAGGGACGUUUGCUAUUUCAUAUUUUCUCAGUGAUGACACAAUUUCAGUGUUUGAACCUAUGGAGAGGAAUUCAGGGAAUACUGGUGGGAUGUUCUUAAAAAGAAUUCGUGUUAAGAAGCCUGGACAAGAAGUCUUUAAAAGUAAACUCUCAGAAUAUAUCAAGGCUGAGGAGCUAUAUGUUGGAGCCAAAGUGAACGUGAAUGGCUACCUAUUUCUUUUGGUCAGUGCUGAUGUGUAUACCUUAAACUACAUGGAGAGGAAUUCAGAUAAGUUUCUUAUGAGCAACAUUGAACUUGCCCUACAAAAGAUAAAACAAGAAGAAUCACAAUCCAGAGAUCUCAAGCAGGUGUUUACAGCUGCUGAUUGCAUGCACACGAAGAUGGUGGCUUAUAAUACAUUCAGGGACAUAAAUAAUGAUGCGUCUGUCGGGAAACUCACAGACUAAGACGUUAUAACCAUUGCACGUCACUACCAGGUGCCUGAGGAUCCCCGUCCAGAUACGAAUGUCCUAAUUGCACAGGCCCAUGAACAGCUCAAGAAAAAUACUUUUGAGAAUUUUGAAAGACUUAUUGCUACCUGUGUAUACCAAGAUCGGGAAAAGGAAAAAUUAUUACCCAGCAAAGACAUCAAAAGGCUGUGCAGGUCCUCCUGAUUACCUUUGAAUGAUGAUCUUCUGGGAUCCUUACUCUCCAGGUUUGAAGACAGUGAAAAACAAAUAAAUUACGAGUCAUUUUUCUGUGCCCUGAACUGGAGAGUGACUCCGAUGCCCGAAUUGGAAGCAGUAUGGUACAUUAAAGAGAGAUGUGAAGAUGAGUGGCUUGGGAUGCCAUCACCUAUUCCUGUGAAAUACAUUUACUAUUUAAACCUUUUAAAGGAUGUGUUUGGCUUAGAGGAGGAGUAA